AUGUUCGAAGAGGCAGUUUGGGUGGAAAGCAAAAACAAAGACUUCAUAUUGAGAGUUUGCGUCAAUCGCUCACUUAAUUAUAAGUUUGAAGUAUAGGUGGUCACUACCGUCCCUGCUAUUGGCGCUUUUCAAUGCAAAGGUUGUUCCAAAAUUUCUCAUUUUUAAAAAAUUACAACGUGUGAAAAAUGUGACGUUGGAAUAAUUUUGUAGAUCUUUUCGAACGAAAGGAACUUUUGGAAAGUCUUCAGAACGAAAAAUUCGACUUGGCCAUCGCUCAGCCCAUGCAGCUCUGCCCGUACAGUGAGACUCAUAAAAAUUGACCAAGAUAAUUACUUUUGAAAAUUUAAGAUGAAGAAGACAAAGCAGUGAAGAAAAAUAUUACUAUUUACUUACUUACUUACUUAGAUACUUAGAUGGUCCAUCUUCGCUUUCGACCUUUUAUUGCCUUUUAGUGCCUUUUAUUGAUCGAAGCGUGGACCACACGUUUUCCAGGAGAUCUUAUGCAAUCGGUCAUCCAGUGUUGUCGUCCUGGUUGACUGGUAUUCUUGCGAAAAAAAAUCCAUCCGUGGUGUUGAACGUGUUAUAGCAUAAUUGUGGUCUUAUUAUCCUUUUUGCCUUGCCAGGGCUAAAAAAGACCGCCCAUUCUGUUAGCAGAAGCAAGCCGAAUUGCGUGACCGGUGUACCGUUAGCCGCCAUAAAUGGCGUUGCCUCCCCAUCACCGCGUAGAGGUGGUACUUGAAGGGGAUUACUAUUUGAAAAAAUAAAAGUCGGUUUAAAAAAAUAUGCCAAGAACUCUUCUGAAAGUGAGCUGAACAGAGGGAAAAUAGCAAAAGUUGAUUUCUGAGUUAAAAAAUAAAAAUGUCGGCUAACCUCACAAACUUAAUUUAUUAAAUUGUAUAUUUUUUCAGUAUUUUUCGAUCAAUUGGGUAUAUCUACCGUGAUAUCGGCUUCUUCCACAAUUACCAUGGAGCCGAUCAGAUCCUCCUUGGGUGAGCCUGACGACUACAACUACGUACCAGGUACAGCUUUCAAUAUAUUUUAUAGUAGCACUGAGAAAUGAAGAAACUAAGAAGAGAUCCUAUUUUGAACCCGAUAGAGUUUCUAACCAAGUGACAGGAUUUUCUGCAGAAAAGGAGAAAUUUUGAAAACUAUCCUUCUAAUAACGUAGUUUCAAGUUGUCCUCCGUAAUUAUUUCCCUCCCGGUUGAAGCCCAUCGGACUCAAAAAUCUUGUAACCUUUCAUUUCAAGAUACACCGCAGUUAUUCGUACUCACACGACCUCGACUCGAAAGGGCAAUUAUCCCAAAAAAGCCACUUUGAAGAGCUACUAUUUGAUCUCAGACUCAAAGAAACAGGAACUCUUAUCCAUCCCAUGGUUUCUUUUUUAUUCAGCGACGAUGGCUAAAAUGGCUGAAGUGAGCUCGUGGACCGAAACAAUUCUCAAUUACCUCCACAACACGGCCGGGGGUUGGUAUUUCGAGUAUUCGUUCUCAGAGGAAGUCGACGCAGUCAAGGAUCUGGUUCCAGAUCUGAAAUCUUGGAGGGUUUGAAUUAUUUUUGGAUCAAUAGGAGAUAAAUGCUCAGGACUACAUGGGCAAUGUGGCCUUCGCCUUCGUCAAUUCGAAUCCUUAUUUGGACUAUCCGAGGCCUUACUUGCCAAAGUCCGUGCCUGUUGGAGGUAUGCAAGUGGAAACCGAAAAGAUCGGUUUAAGCAAAGUCAGUUCUACUUUUUUUUCUGGAAUUGCCAUUAUGUUUUUAGGAAUGGGAUGAAAUUCUAUCCAAAAGAAAAACGAACGUACUUAUUUCUUUUGGCAGCAAUGCUCAUUCUUCGAAAAUGCCCGAUGAGUUCAAGUCAGUUUACAUUAAUUCCUGGUCGGAAUUUCGUCCUUCCUCAACCUUCCCUACACUAGAAAAAAAAAAGAAAAUCCCAAGAAAAGAAUUUAUUUUAGAACAGCAAAAAAAACUUCGCAUUUGAAAAAAAAAAGCGUUGAGUGCAAAUAGCUACGCGCAAAACUAAGACUUGUAUCUAUUCUUUGUUUGACCGUUCAGAAAAGGUUUCCGGGAAGUUUUUACCUCGAUGCCUGAAACGACAUUCAUUUGGAAGUACGAAGAGCCGAACCCGACGCUCGUCGGGGACCUCCCAAAUGUUCAUCUCACUGUCUGGAUGCCUCAAAACGCUCUUCUAGGCACUUGAAUCUCUAAUUCCGUUCGAACUUUUCUGUUCAGCCGAUCCACGACUCAACCUGUUCGUCACCCAUGGAGGUCUCGGAAGUUCGAUGGAACUGGCCUACAUCGGAGUUCCGGCGGUUGUCGUGAGUCCGAGGCUCUUCGGCCAGAUCAUCACUGAUAGCUGUGAAGAUCCCUCUGAUGGCCGACCAGUUCCGAAACGGCCACAUGCUGGCCAGACAUGGCGGCGCCAAGAUCCUCAACAAACAGGACCUCGCUCAUGGUGACGUCAUCCGCGCCGCCGUCAAAGAAAUCCUCGAAACUCCUAGGUUCUCUAUUUAAUUCACGCUGUCUCAUCUCACCUCUGCUUCAGCUACAAGAAGAAUGCCGAGAAGUUGGCACAAGUUCUGCGAGACCAGCCUCUUUCUCCCAAAGAAAGCGUCCUCAAGCACUGCAACUUCGCCGUCAAGUGA